CCGGCCGAGCAUUUAAACCAACAUGGCGAACAUAAGAUGUGUCAAGGGCAUGGUUGGCCUGGUGACAGGCGGUGCGUCUGGUUUGGGCCGGGCCACCGUGGAGCGUCUGGUGCAGAACGGAGCGUCUGCUGUGAUCCUGGACCUGCCCUCCUCUGAUGGAGAGGCUCUGGCACACAGCCUGGGGGACCGCUGUGCCUUCGCUCCUGCAAAUGUGACAUCGGAGGCAGACGUGCAGUCAGCCGUGUCUCUGGCCAGAGAGAAGUUUGGGAAGCUGGACCUGGCAGUAAACUGUGCCGGCAUCGCCGUCGCUCUUAAAACCUACAACGUAAAGAAGGACAUCCCUCACAGCCUGGAGGACUUCCAGCGUGUCAUUAAUGUGAACAUCGCAGGAACCUUUAAUGUGAUUCGCCUCGCUGUGGGCGAGAUGAGGAAGAACGAGCCCGAUGCAGACGGACACAGAGGCUGCAUCAUUAACACAGCCAGCGUGGCAGCUUUUGAAGGACAGGUCGGCCAAGCAGCGUAUUCAGCUUCUAAAGGAGGCAUCGUUGGAAUGACCCUCCCCAUAGCACGAGACCUGGCACCCAUUGGCAUCAGGGUCAUCACCAUAGCACCUGGUCUGUUCUCCACGCCCCUCCUCGCCGGGCUCCCAGAGAAGGUGCGCACCUUUCUUGCCCGCCAGGUGCCCUUCCCCUCACGCCUGGGAGACCCCGCUGAGUUUGCCCACAUGGUGACAUCACUGGCUGAGAACCCCAUGGUUAACGGCGAGGUCAUCAGACUGGACGGGGCCAUUCGCAUGCAGGCCUGAUGAAGACGGCGUGUGUGUGUGUGUGUGUGUGGCCGUGUUGACAAAAGGCCUUGAUCAUCCAACGAAGAGAACAUUUUUAUUUCUGACUGUGUGUGUGUGUGUGUGUGUGUGUGUGUGCGGGGGGGGGGCUGGUGGCUGGUGUAUUUAUGUUGUAGAAAGCUGCACACAGUAAAUCUUCACUGUACUGUUGGUGAGAAUGAGAGAAAGUGUGUGCGUCAGUCAGAGUAUUGCAGUACUUUAUGGACUCACUUUGGUUCUUUUGUAAACUAAUCCAGAUUCUAAUAAACGUCAGAAAUGUUUGA